AUGUCGCCGCCGGGGCCCUCGCUCAACAGCGUUCGCUCCAACCCGGUUUUGCUUCCCUCCCGCCCUCCAGGCUCCGUCAAGGACAUGGCCAACCGAUUCGACCGCGGCGCUACGGCUAUGAGCAAUGCACAACCUGCCCUCACCAUCAACACCGCCCGCGACCGCUACAAACGCCCUACGAACCCCGGCAGGACGGCCCAGAGGUCGCCUACGUCGGAAAAUCGCAAGCUGCAGAAGAGACCACCGGGGACCCGGUCGCCGCGAAAGAGCCCCUCGACGUCGUUUGAGCUGUCCAAUUCGUCCUUCUCCUCGAACACCAGCGCGGGCACGAUGAAGACGACCCGCAGCCAGCCACACGCCGCGUUCAGUCCGAAGCGAGCAAAGUCACCGAGCAAACAGUUACAUGUCAAUUCACGACCGCUCUUCGGCGAGAUCACUGCAGAUGGAAAAUGGAAUGGGAACUUUGACGUGGACUUGGGGAACUAUGGGCCGCUGCCGACGUUUGAGAAGGCUCCACGGCGUGGAAGUGAAGGCAGCUUGGCUUUGGGACAUGGACGGAGCCAGUCGCAUCAGGACAUAUCCACACCUUUGUUGGCGCCUCCUUCGAAGCACAAGCUCAGCCACAAGCGGAGUAGAAGCGACAUGGACACCAUUCAGUCCAUGGCAAUGCCCAGCAUGCCCAACCUUGGCGCCCAAGCGAUACCUGCCCUCUAUCCUACCCCACCGGACUCUGUCAAUCGCCCUUCACGGCAUCGCAACUCACCAUCUGCCUCUCGAAUACCAGUCAGCAACCGACGCCCUUCCGAUACCUCUACCGCAUCAUCAAAUGGCCAAUCACGAGCAGCUUCGGCCAUGUCCAAUCCACCCGACCGAAGACGACUCGCCAAAUCACCUACCAGACCGAGUACUGCGAAUCCUGCCAAUGGGAAAGAGAAUGCUCCAUCUGCAUCUCGAAGCAGAUACCACCCUCCCACCCUUCCACCUGCCCAGCCUGGUCAAACACUCUCUGCGAAGAUUGUCGCUCCAUUGCCGAAGACGUCACCACCGCUGCGUUCCUCACGGCCUAGGCAGCCAGUGAGCUCCGCAACGACUUCAGCGAGCCGCGCUCGUGCUGCAGAGCGAUUUCAAGGUGCGAAUACAAGAGAUGGGCGAAGACCCAGCGAGCAGUGGCUGGGGAAGCCGUACGACCCUCAGAAAGAGCGGUCGAGAAGGAGAAUACCAGAACUUGACCAGAUCAACUUCGAGGAGAGAAGGGAACGAAUACAAAAGGCCAUCACGCAGAGCCUCAAGUCCAGCGAAUCUCAAGAAAGCAUGCGAAGAAGUCACUCCCGAAGUCGAAGCGCAUCCUCGAGAACCCCGUCACGACUCGCCUCGAACGACUACGAACAAGCUGCAGCUGGUGCAGAUGUUGACACGCGACAAAACGUCGAUCAACAGGGCCAGCAUUCUCUGCAACGCGGCCACAACGCAGAACAUGCAAACGGUUACCCACAAGGCUUGAGCGUGGAAACAACGGGCAUCCCGGAAGCUUCUCCAGCAGACGCAGAGCCCUUGACGGGUCAUACCGAUCGGACCAUGUUUGAGGAUGAAAGCCCUGUGCUCGGCCGGCCCGCUGCGGUACCGACAUCAAACCCUCCAGAACCGGCAGCGGAAGAGCCUCCCAUACUCCUAACUCCCGCAACGUACCAACCGCCAACCAAAGCCGUGCCGCUGCCUUCCAUUGAGGUCCCCGCUGACGCACCCGCCGAAGAGGUUCAAAGCCCAAGCAUCUUGGAAAAUGUCAUGCGUAUGCGGGAAAGCAGUCCAUCGUCAGCCAGUCGAACUGGGACUGAAUUUGCCGAUGACAGUGCGUCUGCGGAGGAGAGUCCCAGCGACCUGGGAGAUCGGUGGGGCCUUGGCAACAGUAGUGUGGGUGGUGACCAAGGUUCGAUUCGUAUCAUGCUCGACGAUGACCCAAGCAUUGUGCACCACUCGGAGCCUUGGUCGAAAGACGUGGAACACUCAUUCGAGGAGGUUCAGCACCAGGUACACUCCGAAGAUGACGUCCUCCGCGCCCAGGAGUACAAUCAUCAGGCAUUCACCUCAAAUGGAUACAUGGACUCUCCCGUCGACGAGCCUGAGAGCUUCCCCGAAGACCCGUCGCAAGUCACGCCUCGCAAGUAUCUCUCGAGAGAUGACACGCUUAAGCCGACUACCUUCCACGAAGACGGCGAAUCACCCGAUGCUCAGAAUACCAUAUCGCGUGUUCUCGACUACUACCGCUCGACGGGUUCAUUCACUCCGGAAAUGAUUCAAGCGCUCGAUCCGCACGUGUUGGACUUGCACCGACUGUCUGCUAAUGGCGGAUCAGAUGCCAAUAUGAUACAGAGUCUGUUGGCGAGUGUGAUGAACGCGCGAUCUUGCGAGCAAGAGGACCACGAUAAGCAGCUUCUGGACUCGAGUACGUACGAAAUACCUUCAGUCACGCCGGACACGCCGGACACGCCGCCAAUGGAUGCUGGGUUUGAGCCGGGAACUGUCAUUGUAUAUGGCAGUGAGACUCAUGGAGGUGGUGAAGAUGAUGACUUUGAGGCGAAGAUUCGCAAGGCUGAUGAAGAGUGGGAGCGCCAACAGCGUGGUGAAGAGCCGAUCGUCGACGAUGAUGAGGAGAUCAAGCCUCUACCUCCACCGAAAGACAUUGGAUACACGCCUCGCUCGAGCACAGGUCCGAAUAGUGCAGUCUUCCCGCCCAGCUUGAACGACGCUGGUCUACGGAUUUCGACUUCUGGACAGCUUGACAUCGCGGACAUUCAGGCUGCGGGUGAGAGAGCGGCUGAAUUCACUUCGCCGGACAAUCACAUGUCUGCGGGAUCUGCGCCGCCUCUGCCUUCUCACGCACCUCCUCCGCCACCGCCGGCAGAUAGUGUCAUGAAAGCGCAGUUUGCGCUCCCGGACCUUGCUUCAGCAAAGGCUUAUUCGGAUCGAGAGUCGACGGAGAUGUCGCCCCGGUACCGAAAGACCAAUUGGACUGCUUCUGGCUCGUCAAGACCCUCGAUUGACAGCCAGCGAGUGCCGCCCCAAGUGCCAGCUUCGCAGUCCAUGACUUCAUUUACAGAGUCUACAAGGCAGACCUCAUUCGACACUGGUGCUGAUAGCCAGACUCGUUUGGUGAAGACGACAUCUCCUGGACCUGAGCAGAAGCGACUCAUCAAGCGACGAUUGAUCGUCAAGGAACUUCUCGACACUGAGUACUCGUAUCACCAGGAUUUGAAGAUCGUCGAGGACAUCUACAAGGCUACGUGCACGCCUGAACUGGUAGCGCCUGACGAUAAGAAGGUGUUGUUCGGCAAUUGUGAUGAGGUUGAGCGGUUCGCCAUACAAUUCUACGAUGAACUGCGGAAAGCUGCGGCGCAGAUAUACGUGCCGGCGAGGAACAACAGAUGGGGCGGCAACAAGAGGAGUAGCUUCUCCACGACCCAGAGCGAUGGCACAUCGCAGACGUACUUCAGCGAGCCGGUGGAUGAUGAGAAGGAUCGCAGUACCACCAUUGGUCGUACCUUCCUCACCAACAUGCAGCAAAUCGAGAAGGUGUAUGGGGCGUACCUGAAGAAUCAUGACGCAGCCAACAAGCGGCUUUCUGCCAUCCAGAGCACCACCACCGUCAAGUGCUGGCUCGACGAGUGCCACGCAAAUGCGAGCGAUAUCACAUCGGCCUGGGAUCUGGACUCUUUGCUGGUGAAGCCGACGCAGCGUGUGGGAAAGUAUCCUCUGCUGCUGAAACAACUCCUGGAGACCACCCCGCCCGAGCACCCCGACUUUGAAGAUCUGAGAGCUGCUGCCGACGAUUCGAUCAGCAUGCUUACACGAAUCAACGACGCCAAGAAGCGCGCUGACUUGGUGGAUCAGAUCGUCAACCGCAAGUCACGCAAAGAGUCUGAUGUUCGCAAUGGCCUGGCAAAAGCUUUCGGGCGCCGCACCGAGAAGCUGAAGGAGCGAGUCGGCAUUGCAGAGGUGUUUUCGGAUCCAGACUUUGAUGAGCUUGCUCACAAGUUUGGUGGACACUUCAUCCGGCUCCAGAUCUGCAUGCGGGAUGUGCAGGACUACCUCCAGAAAGCGGACAAUGCCAUCAACUUGAUCAACAACUAUGCGAAUGCAUUGGAGCUGUUCACUGAUGUUCACCAGAGCCAGUUGCCGGAGAUCGAGAGCAAGUGGCGAAGGUACGGCCAAGUCAUCAGGGAUCUGACGCAGAUUGCGUUCAAUGAGCACAAGGCUGCCGUCCAAAAGCGAGUCCUGGCGCCGAUGAUCCAAUGCAUCAAGCUGCACGAAGGACCGCAGAGUGCGAUUAACAAGCGCAAGAAGCGGAUCCUGGACUACGCCAAAUUCAAGUCGGACGAGAAGCGAGGCAUCAAGUCUGACAAGAAGACUGUUGAGGCUGCUGAGGUGUACAUGGCACUCAAUGAGCAGCUCAAGCUGGAUCUGCCGAAGCUGUACAACAUGACGGCGCAGCUCGUCCGCAAUUGUCUGCAUGUCUUCCUUGACAUUCAGCUUACCUGGCACAGCACUUGGGAGAGGAAGUUGAAACCACUCCUGGAGGCCGCUGACAUUCCAUCGAGUAUUCAGCAGAUUGAGCCUGCGUUCAAGCCGGACUUUAUCGAGGUCGAGAAGGAGCUUCAUCAGUUGUCGAUCUGCAAUGGUACGCUCAAGAUCGAGGCUGCCAACUUCCUCUCCCCACAACCCACGUCGAUGGACACCCCAGAGCCUGCGUCGGCUGGCAAGCGACGACCGUCUACGCUUGACAGCUCAAAUCGUACGUUGUCUGUUGGGAGCGAGUCGUCCACAACGCUGGCAUCACGAAGACAUAGCGGCAUCUACAUACCUGGUGCAGAAGUGCAGUCGCCGAUGGAUACCCGUUAUCGGUCGAACUCAGCAAUGUCGACACGCCAUGCGGCUGGUCAAACUCCAGGCUCUGCUCAAUCUGCUAGCCGUCCGUGGUCGAACUCCAACACACCGAACUUGUCGUUUUCGGCGAACCGUCCAUCCACGGGGAAUCAGUCGUACUUCCAGCGAGACUCUACCGACCAAUACCGCAAUCAGCGGCCAGCUUCUGAUGCUACAUACUUCACUGCACGACCGGACCAAGCCGAGUCGCAGCGAUACUCUGGAGUUUUCAGCUCGGCUAUGCCGCCUGAGAUUGGCACACCUCAGCAACCCGCCUCGCCUUCACGGUCAGCUCCAGAAGACAUGAACGUCAUGUUCGUCUGCGCCAGUCUUUUCGAGUUCAGCAUCGACAAGACUCGCAAAGAGGCCGGAUACCCGUACUUGCAAUACGUGCAAGGCGAAGUCUUUGACGUGGUGGCCCAGAAAGGCGAGCUGUGGCUGGCUAAGAACCAAGACGAUGCUUCCAACGAAUUGGGUUGGAUAUGGGAGCAGCAUUUCAUCAUCCUUUCUACCGAAUAA